AUGAAAAACUGUUUGGCGGCACUCUGUUACUCCUUUCAGGUGAUUUCAGACAAACACUUCCAGUCAUUCCACGUUCAACGUACACUGAUGAGAUCAACGCUUGCCAGAAAUCAUCGUAAUGUUGAAAAAGUACAGCUGAAAGUAAACAUACGCGUUCAAAAGCUUCAAGAUCCAUCCGCUGAAACAUUCUCAAAACAACUGUUGGAUAUUAGCGAUGGAAAAAUAUUUCCCGAUAUACACAUACCAUACUUGAAGCUUGAGUGGCUUACAGAAAGAGCGAUUUUGGCUGCAAAAAAUGUGGACGUCAACGAUUUGAAUUUCAAGAUACAACAGCAGUUGCCAGGGAACUUUGUGUUAUACAAAUCUAUCGAUACAGUUUGCGAUACCAAUGCAAUUUUAAACUACCCGGCAGAGUUUUUGAACUCAUUGGAUUUGCCAGGCAUGCCACUAUACCAUUUACAACUGAAGGUUGGAUCUCCUAUUAUUUUGCUACGUAAUUUGAACCCACCAAGGCUGUGCAAUGGCACGCGAUUAGUUAUUAAAAAAUUGAUUAAAAACGUUAUCGAAGCCAGCAUUUUGAAUGGCAAGUUUCGCGGAGAAGAUGUAUUACUACCACGAAUCCCUAUUAUCACUACAGAUGUCCCAAUUGAAUUUAAACGGGUUCAAUUUCCAAUCAGAUUGGCAUUCGCAAUGACAAUCAAUAAGUCUCAAAGUCAAACCAUAACUGUUUGUGGCUUAGAUCUGGGCACACCGUGUUUUUCACACGGACAAUUAUACGUGGCAUGUUCUCGCGUGGGUAAACCAUCCAGUUUGUUUGUGUUGGCUAAAGAUGGAUUUACUAAAAAUAUCGUACACUCCAUCGCACUAAGAGACUGA